ACCCGAAGAAGAAAGAGGAACGUGCAGGGUUAAUAAAGAACAAGCAAAAAUUAGCAAAGGCCAACAAAAAUCUGUUUUAGUGCUUGGUAACCUGAAUGUCUGUAUAAUUGUAAAUGACAAGUCUUAGCCUUUAUAGAUUCCAGAAUAAUAACCGCGAACCGGUAUUCUUGCUGCGCCGGACUGAAAGUAACAUCACGUCAGUGCAAAGGAACUGAGGUUAUCGCAGAGCCGAUAGUGCCAGGAUCUGUGUAUUAUGCACUACAGCGCGCUUAAGGGGAAGUGAUAUCACGUUAUAUUCUACUGCUUCGUUUUUUAGGGUCGCUGUAUUUCGGAGAAUGUCCUACCAAAAGUUAGAAUAGCCUACGCGAAAUAUCCGCGUAUACUGCAGGUGUCACGACGGGUUGUAAGGACAGGGAAGUUAACAGCGCGAAAAUUGUGUCGGUCGAAAUAUUUCCAGGGUCCUGAAAGCAACUGUCAUGGAGAAAUCCAAAAACUUCCGAAUCGAUGCCUUACUGGCUGACGAACCUAAUCGAGGCAACCGGGAGCUCUCACCAGGAUUAAGCAGUGACAGUCCCACGGGCAGCCCAAUAUCCUGCCGGCGCACGGAGACUCCUUCUCCCCGCGGAACCCCCGGAGCCCUCCAGCUUCAAACCGGAAUUAUACCCAAACCGGGUUUGUUGAACGUCCCUCACCCAGGACUUGCCUCACUUCCCCAGGGAGCAAUUCCUGGAAUGUAUCCAGCGCCCAUGUACCCCAUCUCUGCUUUGGGAGGUCAGCACCCUGCCUUCACCUAUUCUGGCUUCACGCAGCUGACUCAGCCAUACCCGGAGCAUCUCAAAGCGGCGGCCAUGGCUGGCUCCUUCCCUUUGGAGCACUGGAUUCGGGCCGGGAUUAUGGUACCACGCCUUCCGGACUACAGCUCCGCUCCGCAGUCGGGUCUGAUGGGGAAAUGCCGACGUCCACGUACUGCAUUCACAAGCCAACAGCUGCUGGAAUUGGAAAACCAGUUCAAACUCAACAAAUAUUUAUCUCGGCCAAAGCGUUUCGAGGUGGCCACCGCUUUGAUGCUGACGGAGACGCAGGUGAAGAUCUGGUUCCAGAACCGGCGAAUGAAAUGGAAGCGAAGUCGCAAGGCCAAGGAGCAGGCAGCCCAGGGGGAUGGCGAGCGGUUGAAGGGCAGCAAGCCGGGCGAGAAGCUGGGCGAAGGCCGGAGGCCUGGGGCCGGCCUGCAGCACAAAGGAGACCUGGAUGAGGAAGAGGAGGACGAGGACGAGGAGGAAGAGGAAGCACAGCGGGAGUUCGCUGUGGGCAUGGCAGGUGGCGUGGGCCUGCAGCACCCCUCUGACUUCCUGCGGGACACGGCGGAGCUGGGAUAUAGCCCCCACAGCGCCUACUCUGAGGAGGAACUGGAGGAGAGCGGGGUGGACAGGCAGAUUCGCGCAGCACUUUGA